AUGGUGGCAGCCCCCCUGCUGCCCCGAUGGGCCCUCACCCUGGCCGCCGUCGCCCCGCUGGUCUUCCCGUGCGUGCUGUGCGGGACAGGUCCCGCAAUCCAGCGGCCGUGGAUCGGCGCCACAGCCGAAGGAGGAUCGCUAGAUUGCCACAGCAUAUGCGGUCCCGCGGACGAUGCAGAUUCGAGAGAGGUGAAGGCCAUCGAGUUUUUGAAGACGCUGUGGCUGCCCGGGGACACGAACGCCACCAUCCCCGAAGCCAACACUCGCAAGUACCUCUCAAGUUUUUUCAGCGUGUUUUAUGACAACGCCACCCGCGUACGGGACUUGGCCAUCAAGCAUCCGCCCCCUGGGGGAGCACUGGUGACUGCGUCGCAAAUGAGCUGCGCGUUGCGAUGCCUGGCCCAUCUCCGCGGCCUCUUCGUGGACAACUCUGGGAUCGCGGGCGCUUUGGGCGACCUUUUUCUGCCAGAACACCUGGUGGAACUGCAUGCUCGCGAGUGCCCUCUGCGAGGCGCCUUGGCUGACCUCAACCUGCAGAACCCGCUCAAGGGCCUGAAGCUCUCAGGCAAGAACCCACGGGACAUCUAUGGGGACCUCCAUGACCUCAAGGAGUUUAUUUGGGACCGCCUGGAGUUCCUCGACUUCCGCGGCGCGAGCUCGAUUACCGGGAACCUCUCCGCGCUGGUCUCUGCAUUGGAUAUCCGGCGGCUGAGAGGCGUCUUCCUCCAGUACACCUCCGUCACCGGAGACAUCACCCAGCUUCUGCGCGCCAACAAGCUCAUGACGUGGCUGGACCUGCGUGGCACAAGGGCGUACGGCUCCAUCAACUCGGAGUGGCUCGACCUUGGCCAGGACCUGAUCUAUUUGCGCCUCAGCAAUUCACGAGUGACCUUCAACAUGGACGAGCCCGCGAUCGUCAAGGACAAGAGGACUGCCAAGAAGCCCUUUCCCCGCCUGGCGAGGUUGGACCUGAAUGGAUGUCCGCUGAACAUGGACAUCUGGGAUCUCCUGCUGCCCCUGAUGUACAACGACAAGCUCUUCUGGCUCCAAGCUGAAGGCUGCGGUCUGCGGGGCGCCAUCCAGGACAUGCGUUCCCAUCGGCUCUUCCCAACUUACUUCGGGCUCUACAUUCUGGAUCUUUCGGGCAACAACAUCACAGAGCUGGCCGGCCGCCCGCUCGGAGACUGCUCCUACGAUCUGGAAGGGAACCCCCUCGCGCGCAUCUCCGAGAUGUACUUCGCGUGGCCCAGCAGCCUGAACAUCAGGCAGUCGAGUUUCGACUCGGAAGUGAAAGGCUCGAUCUGGGGUGUAGAUGGCCCGCGCCAGUGGGAGGACGUCUUCGAAGUCAGCGACCAAUCGGUGAGCUCAGUGCAACGGAACAUGGGAGAGGGAUGGGAAUGCCUCGGCCUCAGGUCGAAGGAGAACCACUUCUUCGAUCUUAUGGUGUCGCCGGACACCUUUGCUCCCUGGCACCUGUGCCACUGCUUGACUGGCUAUCAAGGCGAGGGGACCAACUGCACGAUCUGCCCGGGAGGGGUCACCUCCAUCCCAGUGAAAGGCAGCCGAAGCCGCUGCUGCGCGUGCCCAGAAGGGAAAACCCGGAUCGGGGACAUGUGCUACCAGUGCAUGGGCCCAGGAUGCACUGAGCAAGUCUGCGCCGGCGCCUGCCCUCGCGGCUACGAAGGCCGCCUGUGCUCCAUGUGUGGGAACAACCACCAGCGAAAGAUUGGCUCCAAGGUCUGCGUGGAAUGCACUCAUGGGCGGUGGUCGGGUGGCUGGACGUAUCUGAAGUACCUGGUGGUCGGCAGCCUCUGGAUAGGUGGCCUCGGCACCGUGCUCUGGUAUUUCGUGUACCACCGGGUGGAGCGGUUCAGCGCCUUCGAGCUCGGCCUCCGAAAGCAGGAGUGCAUUGAGCAGUCCCUGCUGCUACUCACCUUCUUCCAGCUUCUGAAGACUCUCCGGAGCGCUGUCGACGAGUCGUCCGACUCAUCUGAAGGUGGCACGAUGUCACGCCUUUCCUUCAGCUUCCAUCUUCUCCACAAGGCAGUUCUCCUUCGCAUCGGUGACCUCCUCAAACUGCUGGGUGUGGAGUGCGACUUCGGCCAUUCGAGCGGCUUGCUGGUACAGCGCCUCUCCACGGCGUUCCUGAUGCCGUCGCUGUGCUUUCUGGCCCUGGCAGUGGGUGGCUACCGGGGCUCUCCGUUCUUCGCGCUCAAAUUCUGCAUCCUCGUGCUGUCUCUGCUUUUCCCUGGGACCAUCGAAGUGACCCUGUCGAACCUAAUCUGCGUCACGGCCGACGAGGACGGGCUCCCAUUACCCUCCCAAUCCACUUUCCUCAAGGAGCUCCCCUGGGCCCACUGCGACUCACAGAGGGGAUUUCUCCACGUGCUGUUGUGGGUCGCUUUUGUCCUCAAUGCCGUGCUCCUGCCCCUGAGCAUCCUGAUCCUGGCGCGGUACAUUCACCGGGAGGUGCAACCCCUGUGGCUCUGGAGCCGAUGGCUGCGGCCCAGCGACCUCGCUUCUUGCUCCCGGGGCUUCAUGCUCCGCUGGGACCUGCCUCCCGCAACUUCGGGUGGGCCCGCGCCUGGGUCCUCGUACACGCUGAUGCUGCAGAAGUCCUCGCAGAUCUUCCUCGCCGCGCACGCGGCGUGCUUGUCCCAAGCUCUGGGAAGCCCCGAGACUCUGGCCAUCAAGACAAGCCUGCUGAAGGGUGCUGCGCCGGGCUGGGAGCCGGAGAAAGGCCAAGCACUGAACUUGGUCGUCGACUGUCGAAGUCCCGCUGGGUGGACGGGCUCGCCAGAGGAGUGCGAGGCUGCGUUGCGAAACGCCCGCCGCAAGGCGACGGCGCUGGGUGAGAUGCUGCUGUAUCGCGAGGCUUCGCAGAGAGCGCUGAAGGCACUGGGAGCCAAGCCCUUGUGGAUUGGUGCCCGCCCUUCCUUCGAGAAGUUCUCUACCACAGACCCGCUCCUUUUUGUAGGGAUCCAGAAGCUCGUGGUCUUCGCGAUCACGGGACUUUGCGUUCGGAAGGACUUGGCGUCUGUGGCCGCUUCCUUCCUCCUACUUUCGAUCGGGAUCUGGCGUGGCCUACCCUACGGAACCAGUUCCCGGAACGAGCUGGGCUUCAUUUGCAGUUUCUUUCUGACCGGCUACUCGCUCCUCCUCUUCCUCUUUCCCGACGGUGCGCUGAAGCCCCUCGUGCAGGCGGCAGUCGUCGCAGGACCGAUCUGCUACUACCUGCACCUGCAGCUCGCACCUGCGGACCUCACCAUCGAGACCUACAGCCUUCUGGCGCGGCUCAAGGCUCUCGAUCCGGACAAGGAACCCCCGCCGGAGCCGCCAAGCAUUCCGGACUGCCAGGAGCAGGAGAUCUCGGUGCUUCCCCGCCCCGCCUUUAGCUGGGAGGAGCACUGGUCCGUGAGGUGGCUCUUCCAUGGCUAUCGCCUGAGGGUGCGGCCGUUCUUAGCGCAGCACGGGGCGCAUCUGCAUCAGAUCGAGGCGCAGUCCCUGCACGGCGUUGGGAGCAUGGUGCGGCUACUGGCAGGCCGCGGCACGGUUUCCAGGGACACCCGCUCCCUGGAGUUGGCAUCACGAAGAUCAGCUUUGGGAUCUUAG